CAGUCUAUCUCAGUCUAAAAAUCAGAUGUGGGAGACAUUGCGCUCAAGAGCUUGGGGCAUAUGAGUGCUCUACACUACUUAGAGUUUGUUGGGUUUUCCUUUUUGAAUUCACUUCUCUGAGAGAUCUGGUGAGAAUUAUCUUCGUGUCAAUGGGGCUCGAGAAAGGGUUGGAUUUUGAGCAGAUCCGCACUUUGGAUCUGAGACCCAACUCGAUUCUUCCAUAUCGAAGUUGUUCAAAAACUGAGGGGGGAAAUACAAAUAAAAAGCUCCCGCGUAAAGAUGAUCGAUUGAGGAUUAAGGAGGGCUUCACAGAGAUCAAAUUCCGUCGCUGUCAGAGUUCCUCUUGUAGAAGCAUUCCAUCAAGAAGUGUAGGGCUUGAAGGUGGUAUAGAGAGUAAGAGAGGCUCUGUCUAUCAAAGCUCAAAGGAAGUACGGGAAAUGAAGAAUAUAGGUACAAUAAGGGAAAGUGAAAAGGUUCAAUUGUCUCGUAGUAGUGACUAUUUAUAUAGUUUAGAUGAAGAACACAACGCAAAGAGAUCUUCUGUAAGGCUUGUAAACUCAAAUUUAAAUUCAACUUCUGUUAGCGAAGCUCAAAGAGAAUCAUGCUCUUCAGAUACUUUUAUUGAAAUUGAUCCGACAUUGGAUAAGAGAGAAAAGGUAUGUGAUGAGACAGCAGAGAGAGAUUUGAUUGAGGACCUGAGGUUUAGAUGUGAACAGAUUGUUGGUCCUUUGGAUGAUGGUAAUGAGCUUUUGGAACAAAACUCAUCCAUCACUUUACACAAAUCUUUAUCUGUGAAGCUGGAAAUACCUCAAUCUCCUUCGUCAUCAAAAAGUGAAUGCUCAUCCAGAGAAAGCUCAAAGACCGAGUUUAGUCCUAUCAGAAAGAUGUUUGAUCCAUUUAUGAAGUCAAAGUCUCUGCGAAGUCCUUUGGGCUAUUUGAUGGAACCUGUUGAUGCAAAAACGUUAAGGAUGGAGAAGGUAAGAAGGAAUAGGGCAUUUCGAAAAUCUUUAAUUCGUGAUUUUUCGUAUACAGCAAAAAAUUCUCAAGUAGAAGCGCCAUUAGUGAGGGAUGAUCACCAUUUUUCUAUGCUAGCGCAUUCACCAGUUCAUCUCCAUGGCUGUCUCAAGUUGAUGAGCAAACAUGGUGUGCCGUUUUUUGAGUUCUCACUGAAUUGUCCUGAAGAAGUUCUUGUGGCCAAGACAUGGAAAGCAGAUUGUGCUUCCAGUUGGGUAUAUACUUUUCACUCUGUUUGCAGUAGAAAAAGAAGCAAUGUUGGUGGACGGGGCUCAAGUGAUAGCAACAAAGAAUUAUCUGUUGUUGGGCAGAUGCAAGUUUCCUGUUAUUUAUGCUCGGAACUGAAAGAUGGUGGGGAUUUCAAUGACUCAAUGGUGACAGAGUUUGUGCUAUAUGAUAUUGAACAUGCAAGACAAUCUCAAGAAAGGUCUGAAUGUUCUUCCGAAGAUGCUGUUAAACCUCCCGCUCAUCCUUGCUUGUUGGUAUCUCAUGAAUUGGAUGAUAGAUCUAGGGCAGCGAAAGUCAAACAUCAAGUAAAUGCAUCUGAUGGUUGUGAAUUCUAUUCUUCAAAUCCUUAUCCAUUUGCACCUGCAAUUUUGCAUCCAAAUCUUGAAACUGCAGCCAUUGUUAUACAAGUCCCGUUUGAAAAGAGAGAAAGCUUGAAAUACAGGAGAGGAGAUAUGAUUAGUGAUAAAGUGCAUUCAAACCUACUCAAUCUCUCCAGAGGGGAUCAGAGAAGAACAUACCUUUCUGAGAGCAAAGCUUCUGAAAUGGUGAAAGUAGUGAUUCCAAGCGGAAACCAUGGUUCGCCGAGUGUUGAAAGCCAGGGGCCCUCAUCAUUGCUGGACAGAUGGAGAUUGGGUGGAGGAUGUGACUGUGGUGGCUGGGAUAUGGCUUGUCCUAUUGUUAUUUUAGGUAAUCCUGGUAUCCAACAUGCUAAUGAUCAACCACUCUUGGAUAAACAGCGGCCAGUGGAACUCUCUGUUCAGGGAUCAAAGGAUAGAACACCAGCAUUGUUCAUGACGGUAGUUGAAGAAGGAGAGUACGCUAUUACUUUCCAUGCAAAAUUAUCCACAUUACAAGCAUUUUCCAUCUGUGUUGCUUUAUUGCAUGGAACAGAAACCUCUGUCGCCCCUUGGUUGGACAAGGGAAACAACUUGCCUCAUUGCAACAUACUGAAAGUGCUAACUGAAGAGGAAGUGAAAUUUUUAGUUGAGGCAGUCGCUGAAGAGAAGGAAAAGAAAGUCUCCAAGAGGGUUCAGGAGAUCCCUCAGUCUUAUGUGCUUAAUCCUCCCUUCUCUCCAAUCGCUCGAGUAUAAGCUGCUACUACAUUUCUUUCUUGGUCAUGCUGGCACUGAAAGAACUAAGAAUGCUACACCUCUUCCUGCCACUUUUGCUGCGGACGGAGAAACUACGGUUAACUUACUUGUGGCAUAGUAUCAACAUCCUGCUUAAAGAAGCUAAAAUGAAGUGGGUGUAAAGAAGUGAGGGAGCGGCUCAUUGGGGCUUUUCUAACUUGAGGUGUACAUACUCGUCCGGGUAUCGAGAUAGGUGUCCUUUUCUUAUACCAUCUUGUAUUUGUAGGGGUUAUUGUGCUAGCAGAAGUGAUACUUGCUGCUAAAAAGUUUCUCAUUUUAGUUUAGCUCUGGAAUCCAAAAGAUUGAGAACAUUGUAAUUUUUUUUGUAUAUGCGUUACAUUUUUUUUAAACGAGGAACUUAUUCAAGACAUGGCAGCCACAUUGGACUCCGACAUAUGUAUUACUUCAAUGAU